AUGCCUGCCACGACCAAGGAAACGCUCGAGUACAUCAACAAGAGUGUCAUCAUCGCUCCGCUUGUCCUCCUCUCCGCAGCAGAUCACUACGGCAGAUCACCCAAAGGAUCCAAGAGACGGGUUGUCGGCGUGUUAUUAGGACAGAAUGAGGGCACGAGCGUGCGGGUGUCCAACAGCUUUGCUGUGCCCUUCGAAGAAGAUGACAAGGACCCCUCUGUGUGGUUCCUGGACCACAACUACGUCGAGUCGAUGAACGACAUGUUCAAGAAGGUCAAUGCGAGGGAGAAGCUGAUCGGAUGGUAUCACACCGGGCCCAAGCUACGGGCGAGCGAUUUGGAGAUCAACGAGCUGUUCAAGCGAUACACCCCCAACCCACUUCUUGUCAUCGUCGACGUCCAGCCCAGGGAUAUGGGCGUGCCGACUGAUGCCUAUUUUGCGGUGGAGGAGAUCAAAGAUGACGGCACAACCACCGCAAAGACCUUUGUCCACACCCCGAGCAUCAUCGAAGCAGAGGAAGCAGAGGAGAUUGGCGUGGAGCAUCUCUUGCGCGACAUCCGCGAUGUGGCGGUCGGCACGCUGAGCACGCGCAUCACCUCCCAACUGCAAUCGCUGCAAGGCCUACACUACCGCCUGCAAGACAUCGGCCGAUACCUGCAGAAAGUGCUCGACGGCGACCUCCCCGUCAACCACGCGAUCCUCGGCAACCUGCAAGAUGUCUUCAACCUCCUCCCCAACCUCAGCACCCCCAAAGCCGCAAUCCCCAAAGACGGCGCGACGGUGAACGGCGGCACAGUCAACGGCGGCCAUCUCACCGCAGGCCUGUCGGAGAACACAGAGCUGGCCAGAGCCAUGAGCGUGAAGACCAACGACCAACUGAUGGCCAUCUACCUGUCGAGCUUAAUACGCGCCAUCACCGCUUUCCACGACCUGAUUGAGAACAAGAUCCAGAACAAGCGGACGCAGGAGGACGAGGAUGCGAAGAAGCGGGAGCGGGAGGAGGAAGAGGAUAAGGUGGAGAAGGAGCUGCAGCUGCAGGAGAAGAUGAUGUUGAAUGGGACGAGCGAGAAGGCGGACAAGGAGGCCAAGGGAAGUGAGGAGAAGGAAGAAAAGGGGAAGAAGAAGGGCUGA